AUGACUACGGCUCAUAGACCUACGUUUGACCCUGCGAGGGGUCAGAAGAAUACCCAGAUCUCGGGGUCGAUUGUGCACACGCGAAUGCUGCCAGCACAUACCCAACUGAAGUUCAGGAAAAGGGGCCAAGGUGGUGCUGCUGACGCUGAUGCUCAUGGAACCGAUGGUGGGAAGAGAGAUUUUAAACGAGAGCUUUUACUUGCUGAAAAUGAGUCAAAGCAGAGUAAUGGGAAAAAGCGUGGACUUGUGGAGUACGAUGCUGAAGAAGAGGAGGCUGCUGAUGUUGGGAGCAGUCGAAAACGACGAGAGAUCUCUGAUGGAAGUGUAUCUAAGUCAGUGCCUCUUUUGAAAGGAGAUGAGACUAGUAAUAGUUUACAUAAUGGAGACGAAGAGAAGAAUAACGAAAAUAUUCCUGAAGACGAGUCAGAUAGUGAUGUCGGUGAUACAGAUGGAUACGACAGUAAGGCGAGGAAUGAAGAUGAGGAUGAGGAGUACAGACGUCGGAUCCUCGAAAAAUAUAAGGAUAUCGAUGCUGAUAGUGAUUCUGAUGGCGACGACGAUGAUGAGGAAAAAGAUGAAGACGACGAUGAUGACGAAGAUGAAGAUGACGAUGACGACGAUGAUGACGAAGAGGACGAAACUGUCAUGCUGAUGAGAGAACUAGAAAAGAUUAAAAAAGAAAAGGCAUUAGAAAAGCAACGUUUAGAAGAGAUUGCUGCUCGAAAGGCUGAAGAAGAGCGAGAGCGUGAAAUUGCAUACGGAAAUCCAUUGAUGAACCCAGCCACAAAGGAUGGUAAAGAUUCGUUUGCAGUCAAGCGAAGCUGGAUGGAAGAUACUGUUUUUAAAAAUCAAGCAUCGAGUCUGGCUGCUAACCAGUCUGAGCCGAAGAAGGAACUUAUCAAUGAUCUAUUGAGAUCAGACUUUCAUAAAAAAUUCAUGGACAGGUACAUCAAGUAA